AUGGAAAAUAUAACGUUUAGCGAUGAUGAUGAGUACGAAAAAGUUCGCGACAAAAUGUUCGAAGGAAGUUUCGAGGAACCUGGUGUGCAAGAACUCGAAUUAUUCGGAAUGCGAGGACUUGUAGGAAAAAAACAACGAGAAGAUGUGUUUUUAAGAGGUCUCGAUGUCCCCACAAACUCGAAGGAUCCUUAUGAAGACAAUGGUGUUAAAAUUAAUUCCAAGUUUCAAAUAAAAAAAGCGAAUUUGGCUCAAAAUUUUUUAUUUUUCGGCAUGGCGCAAUUGCGAUCAAAAAUUGAUGCUCCCACCGUUUAUAAAGAAGAGAUGUUAGCCGAGAGAGAGAAAAUUCUGCAACAAUAUGAAGAGAAUAUAAUUACAAAUGAAAAUGUGCAAAAUAAUCGCAGGAAACGGAAAUCGAUGCCUGAGAAGGUAAACAAAGCAAAGAAAAGAGAUGAAGAAAGUGAUAGUGAAGAAGAUUCCGAUGGAGAUGAUGCCGAAAAUGUAGAAGAAAGGCGACGAACCCUACGAAGAAGAUCUGAGCCAGAGCAGAGUUCUGUGAAACGAAGUCGUCGAGCAAUCAUCAUCGAAAGCAGUGAUUCAGAAUGA